GAGAUAGGAGUACAAUUCAUUACCGAUCGUUGAAGAAUAACGAACUCGAAGAGACAGACACGGCAGCCCGAAGCGAGCGAGUGCGUGUUGAAAGUUCUGUGUGCUAGCAAAAGAACUCUUGUAGUUGCAGGUGAAGUGAAAAGUGAUAGAGGCGAAUCGCAAAAAUAACAACAACAAAAAAUUAUCAGUAAUCAUGAAAGUGCUAAUCGUAUCCGCGGUGCUCCUGGCUUGCGCCAUGGCCGCUCCAGCUCCUGCUGAGGAAAGCUCGACCACCGGAAGUGCGCUGAAUAUGGCCCUCAAGUUCUUCGGCAGCUGUUUCGAGUCAGCCGAAAUGGGAACCUGUCUGGCGGUGAAAGGAAUUACCGCCCUGAACCGUGCUGCCCGUGCCAACAACAUCGAAAUCGUGCCCGGUGUGACCUUCUCGAGAGACCCAACGGCCCCGGUUGAACGUAUGGGCAAAUCCGUCUCGGAGAAUGAAAUCAUCAGCACCCUGCCAGUCACCUCCGAGGAGAAGAGCGACGCCCUGUUCGAUAUGGCCAUCGAUUCUGCCAAGCGACUGUUCACCGCUCGCUCCAUCCAAAUUCGUCUGCCAGAGGAAGCCAGCGAAACCAUCGCCCGUUCCCUCGAAGAAGGUAGAACCCUGAAGAAAGGCAAGAAAUUGAAGAAAAUCCUUGGCCCACUGGCUCUGGCUGUCGGAGGCAAGCUGUUCGCCCUUCUGCCCAUACUCCUCGGAGGAGUUGCCCUGUUGGCCAUCAAGGCUCUGUUCGUCUCUAAGAUCGCUCUGAUUUUGGCCGUCAUUCUGGCCUUCAAGAAAUUCCUCGGUGGUGCCGUUGAUGGAGCUGGUACUCUAGGACUUCUAUCAAAGGCUGUUGGAGGUGGUGCCGCUGCUCUCGGAGGUGGUGCUAUCGGAGGUGCUCCUGCUCCCGCUCCUGCCCCUGCUGGUUGGACCGGAGCUGGUGCUAGCGGAUGGUCGCAAGGAAACUCCCAGUAUCCUUAUGCCCGCAGCUACGAUACUGCCCAGGAUCUCGCUUACAGUGCUCAAGCCCCGAAAGCGUAAAACUCUUCUGGCUCACUUCCAAAACAAAACCAUAUUAGUUUAAGGCACCUACCCAUUUUCCUUCAACACUAGCUGAUUUUUUCGCACCAUCUUCUUGGGGUUCUAUCUCGGGUUCCCUGCCCAAUACCGUCGCUGUCCCUUUCGCACCUUGCAAACCUCUUCACCGUUCUUAGUGUCUAGUCUAUCAAUCCUUCCGCGAGAGCCAUUAAGCCGGAAACCCAUCGUUGACGAGUCCACAAACUAGUCGCAAAAUUAGCCUUACACACGCAACAAUAACAACAACAACAACAACCAUUAGAAGCCUCAUCGGAUCGUGACAAAAGCGAUCCACUCCACAAACCAAGCAAACCAGCAUGCAUCCACCCCGCCCGAUCUAUACUUCACCGUUCUUGCCGAACCCACAACCCACAGCUGUAAAGUGAGAACAGCUUCCGAAAUCGGAAUCCGAACACACAAUCCGUACAAACCUGUCAGCUUGCAACGAUUGGUAAGCCACCCAUUUGUACAUACACUCAAGGAAAACAAAACGCACACACACACACACACUCACGAGCCGAAACGAAAGUCGGCGGAGAAUCUGCACAAACAAUUGACACGCUCAACCGCGAGCGCUCAGGUGGCUACGCGCGGCACAACCCGAAAGUGUGCCAAUCGCUUCAUGGCUUUUCGUUCUGCUAAAUCUGAUCCGCCCGCCAAGGAGCGCCUAUCCUUCAGCAACGUCUGAGUCGGUUUUUUUUGCUUCACGAUGCCAAGAAUCCGACAUUUCCGAUAUCUAACGACAGCCUAAUUAGUGUUUUAUUAGUGUGUAGUAAUUUAUUUGCAAGCGAAAAUAAAAGAAAAUUCACCGCGAGAGAGAAAGAGAAGAAACUAAAAAGCAAAACUGGUUUCGAAAGAGAUCGAACGUGUAAUUAAUUUAUUUUAAUUUAUGAUUUUCUAGUUAUUAGCUCGGAAUGAAUACACAAACAAACAAACGUACGAGAAUAGAACGGAAACAAAGCAAUCGCAGCACAAAACCUAAAUACAAAUGCAAAUACACACACACAAACACCCUCCCAUAAGCCCAUACAUGCAACAAGCAUCGCUCACAAUGCGCAAAACCUCGACUGUAUAGAUUACCGCUUAAUAAGUAAAAGUUUUAUAGACUUGUGUAAAGUAGCGAACACGAUGUGUCAAUAGUCAUUAAUUUGAUGUUUUUUUUUUCUUUCCAUGAGACAACAAUAAAAACGCUGAGAAGAUUUGAUUUGAAAAGAGAGAGAUUUAAAA